AUGGCUACAAACAACGCUGUUGCUGAAGAAAUGGACCGACGUCUGAGGGCUAUCGAAGAUCUUGCAUUAGCACUUGGACAACAAAACGCCCAUCAGGCUAAUGCCGAGAAUACCAUUUUUAAGAGAGUGGCAUCUCAUCAUCCACCCACUUACAAAGGGACUAUCGAUCCAGUUGCUCUUGAAAAUUGGAUUCGCGACAUGGAAAAGUUGUAUGAAGUGACAAAUUGUCCCGAGAACAUGAAGAUUAGCAUUGGCUCAUUUUAUCUGAAAGAGGAGGCGGAUAGUUGGUGGUCCACGGUGAAGACAGGCUACAUAGCUGAAGAGGGAUUUAACUGGGAGAUUUUCAAGGAACGAGUCCGCAAUAGAUUCUACCCCGACGCAAUUAAGUGGCAGAAACAAGAAGAGUUUGCAAGGUUCAGGAUGGCAGGAAAGAUGACAGUGCAGGAGUACACUGACAAGUUCAUUGAGCUCUCGCGUUUUGCUUCAAAUCUUAUUCCUACGAGAGGGACAUGGCACACCUUCCAGGAAGCUUAUGAACGAGCUUUGAACAUUUUUGACAUCUUACAAACUGAAGAGGAAGUCAUGGAGAGGAACAAGAGAAAGCAAUUUGGCAGUGGUCCUCAGCAAGUUAGUGGUGAUAAGAAGCUUCGUUUUGAUGACAGGGGCAAUAAUUGGAGUGACAAACAACCACAUGGACAGAGGUAUGCUGACAGAGGUAAUUAUGGCGAGAAUCAACUCAAGAUCCAAGUUCAAGGAACAAAACCAUACUCUUGUAAAGGAUGCGGCAAGCAGGCACACCCUGGGAAGAGGUGCAAUGGAGAACUUAUAACUUGUUUUCAGUGUGGUGGCAAGGGGCACAAGGCUCACCAGUGUACUGCCAGGGGAUUCAAUCAGCAAUCAGGCUCUCAAGGAGGACAACCAAAACCAGAUGGAGGACGAAAUGGGAACAACAACCAAGGGGGUAGGAACAAUGACAAUCAGCCCCGCUACCAGCAGAACUUUCAAAAUGGAAAUGGAGGAAAUCGGCAACAUGCCACUAUUGGAAAUCCCAACAAUGGAGCUGGAGCAGAUCGAGCAACAGGUCAGAAUGCUGCUAUUAAUCAAACCAUAGGGAGUCAAGGAAGGAUCUAUGUCAUGAAUCACACUGAGGCUGCGGCAAACCCAGAUGUUAUUACAGGUACUUUCUUACUGCAGUCUGUACCUGCUUAUAUAUUGUUUGACACUGGUGCAUCGUUCUCCUUUAUUUCAUCCUCUUUUGUGGAGAAAACGAGAAUGGUACCAUCUUCUACCUUCUCAACCAAUAUUACUUUACCCUCUCGAGCUGUUGUCUCUUGCUCCAAUGUUUAUGAAAAUAUUCCGAUUAGUAUAGCUGGUUCUGAGCUACCAGCUGAUCUAGUCCAGUUUGACUUGGCGGAUUUCGAUGUUAUUUUGGGAAUGGAUUGGCUUAGCAAGUAUAGGGCUAAGCUAGAUUGUAGGGAGCAAAAGAUAUCUUUUAAGGGACCAAAGGGGAAGUACCUCUCUUAUAAAUGUGUUGUACCCAAACCUUCCAUUCAAAUAGUCUCUGCUAUGACUAUUAAGAGUUUACUUAUAAAGGGACACCCAGUUUAUUUGUGCAACGUACGCGACUUAACUCUCGAGGAGAAGAUUGAACAAAUACCCGUGGUCAAAGAGUAUGCAGAUGUUUUUCCCGAAGAGAUUCCUGGUAUGCCACCUAUUAGAGAAGUAGAGUUUGCUGUCGAUCUUAUGCCCGGUACUGCUCCGAUAUCAAAAGUGCCAUAUAGGAUGGCUCCGGCAGAAUUGAAGGAGUUAAAAACCCAACUUGAAGAACUGUUAAACAAGGGGUACAUAAGGCCGAGUGUUUCGCCGUGGGGAGCUCCAGUUUUGUUUGUGCGAAAGAAAGAUGGGAGUAUGAGGUUGUGUAUUGAUUAUAGGGAUCUGAACAUGGUGACCAUAAAGAACAAAUACCCAUUGCCAAGGAUUGAAGACUUGUUUGAUCAAUUGAAAGGAGCAGGUAUGUUCUCAAAGAUAGAUUUGAGGACUGGAUAUCAUCAAGUACGAAUCAAGGAAGACGACAUCCCAAAGACGGCCUAUCGUACCAGAUAUGGGCACUAUGAGUUUACGGUCAUGCCUUUUGGCUUAACGAAUGCUCCGGCAGCUUUUAUGGAUCAGAUGAAUAGAACCUUCAAGCAAUACUUAGAUCAAUUCGUGGUGGUCUUCAUAGAUGAUAUUUUGGUGUAUUCCAUGACGAGGGAAGAACAUGAGCAACAUCUGAGGAUUGUAUUGGAUAUUCUAAGAGAGAAUAAAUGGUAUGCAAAACUCUCAAAAUGUGAGUUUUGGCUGGAGAAGGUUGCCUUUUUGGGUCAUGUAAUAUCUCAAGAAGGAGUUUCUGUUGAUCCAGCGAAGAUUAAAGCUAUCACUGAAUGGCCUAGGCCUACAAAUAUUGCGGAAGUCAGGAGUUUCUCG